ACAUAUAUACAAAUGGCGCCUUAAAAUGGUUCUAAGGGAAUUCCCUUCGAACCCAAGCAGUCUCUGCUGCUGCCUAACAGAUAAAAUAAGAAAGAGAGAGUUCAAAACCAAGCCUAGAGAGAGAAACCCUCGAAUCAAAACCCUAGUUUCGUCGCUGACGCACUACACAAAACAUCUCUCUAAACCGCGCCUAGAGAGAGCCUUCAAAUCAAAACCCUAGUUUCGUUAUUUACCAAACCUCUAUUUCUCUCUCUAACCAUGAUCCAAACCAGACUCUGCUCGUACGCGCCUCUGGAGCUAUAAUCGAACCCAGAUUCAGACCAAGCUACCAAAACCCUGAUCCAUGGCCGUCGACCCCCAGAACGAAAACCUAAAUGGCUCGGUCUUCAUCAAAGAUCUUGCCUCCUGUAACAAAGCCACGCGGGAUAAAGCUGUUAAGCUCUUGCGAACAUGGCUAAUGGCUCAACCCCUGGUUUCGGAGCAGGACAUGAAGAAGAUAUGGAAAGGUCUCUUCUAUUGCAUUUGGCACUCGGAUAAACUACCAGUUCAGGUCGAUCUCAUCGAGAGGCUGUCUUCAAUCCUGGUAAGUGUCGAUCUUUCUCUCUCUAGUCAGUACUUUGAGAUUUUCUUGCUCACUAUGCGUCGAGAAUGGAGCGGGAUCGAUUUUUUGAGACUGGAUAAAUUUUAUCUCAGUAUUCGUAAGUUUUUGCACAGUCUGUUUCUCUUACUAAAGAAGAAUGAUUGGGAUAUUUCUCUCUCUAAGAGAUUUAUGGGGAUUUUGAGUGAAGGGACGCUCUUAAGUGUGGAUAAAUAUCACGCAAAUGGGGUUAAUUACCACAUAGCUGAGAUUUUUUUAUCGGAAAUUAAAGAAUUUUUGCCGCUAAAUCUAGAGGUGUUCUCUGUGAUAUUGGAGCCCUUUGUUGUGGUUUUGGAGAGAUCGAUGUAUAAGGUUUUGAUCAAGAAGGUUAAAAGUGAUGUGUUUGAUUUCCUUCUGGAGAAGGGGAAGAAGCUUUUGAAGCUUAAAGGGGGAGAAGAAUGUGGAGAUUGUAAUUUAGAAGUGGAAAAUUUUGGAAAAGUUGCCUUCUCGAUUGGGCUAUCAGCUAGGUUUCUCGAUUCUGCAUCAUCUUCAACUACAAUUCAGAGUAACAGGAAGGUUUUAUUUGAGUUACAUGAUAGUUUCUUUAAGCUGGAGAGGGCUGCUACAAAAUUGAGUUUUGAGGUUUUGCCUUUAAUGACUAAGAAACAAGACCCCUCAGAAGAUGGCUCUAAUCAAAUGAUGGAUAGUGGUGUUGAUAAUUCUGAAAAUUUAGGAGAUGAGUCAGCUAGGUCAUGUGAAGAAAUGGAGAAUGGGGCCAAUAUUUCUGAAAAUUUAGGAGAUGGGUCAUGUAAAGCAAUGGAUAAUGGGGUCAGUAACUCAGAGAAUUUAGAUGAGGGGAUGGAGGAUAAAAAAUUGGAUGAUGGGUCAGGCCAAACGAUGGACGAUGAGCAUUCAGAAGAUAGCUCAUGCCAAAUGAAUGGGGUUGGGAACCCCGGACAUUUAGAUGAUGGGUCAUGUCAAAAUCCAGAAGACGGGAUUAAAAAGUUACUUAAUGGGCAUUCGAAGGUUGAGGUUUCUGAUAAGGAGGAGGAAAUGCCACUUUGUUCUGAGAAAAGGGAUGAUGUUUCUAAUUGUGAUUCCAAGAAGAGAAAGAAGAAGAAGUCCAAAAAAGCAUCCGAUGGAAUGAGCAAUAAGUCCAGGAAGAAGAAUCUUGAUGAGUUAACUAAGGAUGAGGAAGGUAUAGGACAUGAGCAACAUGUUGCUCAUGAGGAAAAUACCUGUACUGAGCCAGAGCCAUGUAUUGGACAUUUAAAUAGGAGUGAUGUGUUAGUUUUUGAUGAAUCCGUCAUUUCAAAUCUACAAAAGAAGUUUGAGAGGGUUGCUGCAGAGGCUGGUAUGGAUGGUUUGGAUUUAACAGAAAUCUCCGUAUCACCAUUUCUUAAGUCAAGAAAGAGGAAGUCUCCUGCCUCUGAAAAUGGUCAAGUUCCCUGUGGUCCCAGUAAGGAAAGCAAUGGCGAGAGUAGACCUGAGAAAAGUGAUGGAAAAGGAGUGAAGAAGGUAUCUUCCACACUUAUAUCACCAUCUCCUAUUGAGCCAAAAAGGAGAAACCCAAAAAGACUUGUGAAUUGUAAACAGGAUCCAUGUAGCCCAGACACUAGUGCUCUAAGUGGUGGUAUGAGUGCACCUGAAAAGAGUGUAGAGAAAAGUGAGAAAAGUGUCAAGAAGGUCAGGUUCUCCAUGAAAAGUAAUAUAGUAUGGAAGCCCCACAGCCCUUUGCCCCCUCAAAGCUUGAGAUUGCCACCUUCUGCAACUCCAAGAGGCAGUGCCUUAAAGAAAGGGCUACCCCCGGGUCCUGUUCGAAUCAUGAAGGAGUCUCCUGUUAUAAGAGUGACAAAGCCAAAGGUGAGGAAGGGAAGAAAGAAUGUGAAAAGGGUUUCAGCUGCUGUCAAAAGACUUCGGAAGUUGCAGGCAAAUUCUGUGUAAACCAAUUGAGUCUUCUUGGUCUCACAUCGUUUAGUGUUUUUCCUUUCACUACUUCUCUUUUGCAAUUUACUUAGCUCAAUUGAACUUCUUCUUUUGAUUGUAUCCUUUGCGCAUUUUUAUACUUAGCUCAAUUGAACUUCUUCUUUUGAUUGUAUCCUUUGCGCAUUUUUAUACUUAGCUCAAUUGAACUUCUUCUUUUGAUUGUAUCCUUUGCGCAUUUUUAUUUGUCAAGAUGCUCUGUUGGUGCUAAUUCUGGUGCCAAUUGUGGUGGGAUGUUUGAUGCUCUGUUGGUACCACUCCAACAAUUGUGGUG